AGCCCGCUUCUAUUCUCUGCUUAUUAUUAUAAUCAAGUGUCUCGUUGCCGUUGCCCCCACCAGAGUUCAUUAUAGCUGACAAUAAUUGUAUCAACGGAAUGAAUCUCAACCCUUAAGUUUCCAAAACGAACAAGGGACAUUCAUUAACUGUUGCGAUGGCCUCACGUAUCGCAAGCUCAAGCAACACUCCGUCCUCCAACGAGUCUGGUCGUUCAUUACCUUCAUCAAGCUCCCAGCUACAAGAUGACCAGUCAGCCCAUCUUCAAGCCCGACCCCCGGCCGCGCGGUCAUCUUCUGCAAAUCCGUACCGCUCUUCCCUCCUUCCGUCCUCCGGCCAUCCUCAUAGACUCAGUGACUUUUCGCCCCAUACGCCGCUUGACCUUGCCAAUCAUCCGGCAGCAGCCAAGUCGGCGAACACCAAGACCGGCUUCUCCUCUACUCCUCUCAAUCUUAACAUGCUUGUCCACCCACCCCGCUACCACUCACCCCUUCCGCCGCCUUCGCAAGGCCAAGCCAGUCGCAGUCACGCGGCUAACCGUCAAUCCAUGCAACUACUUCAGACCCAGCCCUCAUUUCAAACAUUCACUACUCGUGAUCCGAGGCGUGAAACACUUCAGCAGCCUUAUGCCACCAUAUCGUCUGGCCAAUCUGGACAAUUUUCCAACAGACAAUCCCGUCACUUGGAUUUUCCAACGAGGCGAAGUAACGAGCCAGCCAAUUUGAUUCAGGCAGUUCGUGACACCCCUCAGGGCAGUCGUCCCAACUCGCUUCAACCAGAUUCGAGACGCGUUGUUACUGGUAUCCUUCAAUCUGCGUUACCCCCCAGCUCCCGACCAGUACCUGUAAAUACGGAACCAGUACGCUCCAUGUCGAUUGCCGAGCUAGAGAACCGCCACAAGGCUGCAUUGCAGAAGCUCCAGUCCCACAGCAACCAGCAGGUGGCCAAAUCUUCGGCUGCCAAAACUCCAGCAGAUGCUCAAUCUCAAAACUUGGAGCGACAACAGCGUCACAAGGCGGCAAUGCAAAAGCUUCAAGCCCACAGUACUUCGCCCGCCGUUGCUGCACCUCAAGCGCCUUCUCGUCGUCAAAGCGCCAAUCCCCCUCCACGAACAGUACCGCAACCUAAGCCUCCCGGGAGUUCCUCUGAUGCAUCGUCGAAAUCUGCCCGCACUGAGCAGUCGUCCAAGCAAUCUGAAAAGGGAAACGCUGGCACUUCGAACCGCCGAAGUAUGUUUGGAUUCUUUUCCUUCAAGGACUCUACGAAAUCAGCCGCCGCAUCGAAUGAGGAACCAUCGGCCAAGCCGAAAAGCUUUUUGUCUUCCAAAAAGCAGAAGAAAGAAACCCACAACCCGGUUGUUGGCAAGGUCGAAGACGAUGAUGAAGACGUGCCCUUGGCCCAACUGGCUAGUCGCCGCACGUCUUACAAUCCGGCAUCCAUGAGCAAAGUCGCAGGUCAUAGCGGAUCGUCAAGCCCCACCGAGACCCUGAUGUCGAAAAGUCUUUCUGUGCCCACGAUGAUGCACAAGAUGGGAUCGCACGGGUCGGCCUCUGAAUCUGGCUCUCGUCCUGUAAAUCGUCCUCAGCAUCCCAGGUCCCAUACCAAUCCAGUCGACAACCGUCCCACUAGCAGGAUAUCCUCCCGACACCACGAUCGAAUGGGAGGCUUCCAGCCGAUUCGCGAAGACAACGAACUCAUGCCGCUCGACACCAACCUUGCUGGACGCUCUGAUCGCUCUUUUCAACCUCCUCGUUGGCUGGAUGAAGAUGGGGACCAUUCUCAGAAGCAGGGACCGAGACCUUUAAUCUUUGAGGAUGAGGCGAAGGCUAUCCGAAAUUCCAAAAGAUUCUGGUCGUAAAUACUAACUGAUGCAUGACAUUCGAAGACAUAAUACUCACUAAUGCAUGAUAUUUGAAGACAUAUAAACUUACUCUAUUGUCUACACACCGUCGUCCUAAAGAUUUGUCAAUGUCACAAUUGAUUUUUCUUCAUAUAGUUUUCUUCCAUACACAUCCACCACGAUAAAUCCUCACUCACCUGAAAAUUUUCAAAAGAAACAUACUAUCAAUCUUGUCCUUUUUUUUCCUUGCACCAAUCUGUGACUCUUUUUGAUAUUUUUUAUUUCUUCUUUCUUAUCCAACUGUCUGCCUUUCUUGUUUUCCUGUUGCUCUCAUCGUUUAAGCUUCCUUCGAUUGGUACUUUGUAGAGGACAAUCGUAUAAAGGCCCCGUUGUUGUCGCCUCGUUUUGUACCAGUUUUUUACGCGCCUGCUUUCAUCCUCUCUGUAUCUCAAGCUCAAACCUUGAUAAUGUCGUCCAUUUUUUUCAUUUUCCGUAUAUCCAUUAAUCACGAUACUCCAUUUUCUCAUUCUGCAAAUGAUUGAUAGAUACGUAGCAUGCAAUGGUAAAAAUAAGUAGCCAAAAUAUUUGAAAAGCAUGCAUGAAAACUGGCACUUUGGGCCAGGAGACA